AUGUUCGGAAGCGGCGCGCCGACUCUUGGAGGUCUUGAUAUCAUUGCGGAAGAGAAACAUAUUGAGCAAGUGUGGCACGAAAAAUGUGGGAGACUGACCGAGCUCAUCGCAGCAACUUUUGGCUUCUUCGACCUGGAUGCCAUCUUCUCGGCGGCCUUCAUCAUGAUCUUGACUCUCAUCAUCGACUCGACCUGCGAGGAGAGUCAGAAGCUGGCGCCUAGACCAGGCCUAUCUGAUGCCCUGGAGAUUCUCGACUACCUCGUCGGCCGAGGCAACGACUUUGCUUUACAGAGGGCGCGAGAAGUCCGGCGGAUGCGGGAUCACCUCUCAACCUUCCUGGAUAUACCCAAAAACAGCCCUAGUGAAUUCCGCACGAACCGACCAAGAACGGCAAGUAUCACUGCGGAAGGCAGACAGCCCUCGACUAUUGUCGUGUCGACAACGGGAGAAGAUGGUGACGGGACUCGGGGUAGUCAGCAGGGCUUUUCGGACUCGACAAAAAGUAGGUCUGCCGAAGGAGGCGGCCUGACGCCGGCCGGUCGGGCUAGUCAACUGGGGUCCAGGAGCCUGCUCGAUUCAAGUCUGUGGAAUGACAUCUCCUAUCUGUGGAUGCAGCCAGCAGCAGCAGGAAACGACGAAGCUCAACCGUUGGAGCAGGCCGAGGGAAUGGCGGACAUACUGCCGGAAGAUGCAUACGACUGGAAUUCCAUCUACCAUAACCAGGAUCUCGCUCUUACCGGCCAAGAUCUGGGCGACUUUGGGGAGUUGGAGAGACACAUCCUGGCGUUUGGCAGUUGA